UCAGGAAUUAGUGUAAUGUUUUGAGUAUAGCAAUUAGUAAUUUAGUAAUAAUAGAAUGAAGCAUUUGUUAUUAAAUGUUGCAGUUAAAAGAAUCGCUUCAAGUCCACGCCAUGUAAUUUAUUACAGACGGUUUUGGCAAUCAAAUAAAGCUGGAUACCACACAACUCAAUUUGUCUCAUCUUCACAAUCAAACCCACCAGAGACAUUGGAUUAUGCUGCUGAUUAUGGGAAGUAUUAUGAACCCACUACAUGGGAAUCUAUCUAUAGUUCCUUUGUUGACAGUGGUUUAGUCAAGAUGGCGGAAUCAUACUUGACUACAGUACAUGACUUAACUGGUCUUCCUUGGUGGGUCUCUAUUGUUAUUUGUACUCUGUCAUUGAGACUGACAAUCACAGCCCCUUUGUUUAUAUGGCAAAUGCAGAAAAAUUUGAAACAUAAACUACUGGCUCCAGUUUUGCAACAAAUUAUAAAACAAUUGAAUGAAGAGGCGGUUGAAGCUGGUAAAGAACAUAGAUGGGACAAAAAAACUCGAGACAUGCAUGUUUUUAACAGCUUUCAUAAAAGGAAAAAGGAAUUGUAUCAGAAGCAUAAAGUUCCUGGUACUUUGAGAAGAAAUUUAGUACCUUGGGUACAACUUCCAAUAUGGUUUGCUAUGACUGCUUCACUCAGAAAUAUGACUCUAUCUUUACCAUUUACUACAAGUGUAUCAGCUACACAAGUACAAACAUAUACUGAAUUAAGUCAAGAAGGCGUUUUAUGGUUCAAUAACUUAUGUCUUGCGGAUCCAUAUUUUGUCUUGCCUGUUUUAAUGGCAUUUGCCAACCUUGCGACUAUUGAAAUACAUAGGGGUGAUGGUAAAACACCUUUAGAAGGUAUAUCCAAGUAUUUGAUAAAUUUUUUGCGGGGCAUUUCUUUGGUUAUGAUACCAGUAGCCAUCUACAUGCCAUCAGGUGUGGUGUUUUAUUGGUUUAUUUCCAGUGGUUUUGGUGUCACACAAGCUUUGGUAAUGCAAUCCCCCAAAUUUAAAAAAUUGAUGCGUAUGCCAAUGCCAGUAAAUUAUUCAAAAACGCCAUAUCAAGAUAUCUUGUCACGGUUCAAGUUUGUUAAGAGAUAGCAUAUGUGAGAUAGGAAUCCUGUUAUUUAUUUUCUUCAUGAAAAUUGAAGGUAAUGUUCCAUGAAGUUGGUUGUAUUUGAGAAACGAUAAUUUAAAAACACGGAAAAUAUUUUUUGAAUUAAUUUCAGAAAA